AUGACAAUCAGCUUGGCAGCUUUGUUUAUAAACAUUCAAGUCCUUGUGUUGCUACGUCGCGUUCUCUCCCUUUCGUCGUGAAUAUUCGAUGUAAAUAGUGUUCCAUUUCAUAUUCCUUAGUUCGUGAUAGCACACCUUACGUGUGCGCCACAGUACAAUUAUACCCAAGUGCCCCCCUUCCUCCCAGUUCCGGACUGCCGGAUCAAUAAAGGCGUCAGCUCGUGUCCAAACCAAGACGGAAAAGCAAAAACAAUGAGUGUGAGGCCUGGCCAGCAGCCAGAGACGCUGUUUCACUCAUGCAUUCGAUUUGUGGCGAAAAAUCUUCAACUGUACAAAAACAUCGAGUAUCUCGAGCUGCUGCCCGCAUUGGUGAAAAAUGCCAUCUUUCUGAACGUGGUGCGCGUUCACAAAGGCUUCCACGACGAGGAACUGCCCCGGCUGCUGCUCAACUCGUCCCUCACCCGUGUCAACCUGUCCACAUCGACCAUCACGGACGGCCUGCUGGCACUGCUGGCGGAAAAGUGUCCUCACCUGCGUAGCCUUACCCUGUCCGAGGGCAAUUACCGGUUUACCCGGCCCGGGCUGUGCGCAAUGAUACAGCGGCUGGGCAAGCUGCAGCAUCUGUACGCGAAAAACUGUCCACAGGUGGAUGACGAGUUUGUGCGGCUGCUGGCCAUCAGCUGUCCCCAGCUGGACACACUCGAUCUCGAGUCGUGCAAACAGGUGGGCGACGGGUCGGCGGACUCUUUGAGCGGGAUGCCCCUGGUACGGUUGAACCUGUCGUACACGAGCAUUACGGACAAAUUUCUCAAAACGAUCGCUAACGAGCGGUGCGGCAAGACGCUUGAGGACCUGAACGUGGGCCACUGUCCGAUCACGAGCGACGGGCUGAAGGCGCUGUCAUGGAACACGAUCAAGUACAUUGGUUUCGAAGGGUGCAGCAUUGAAGAUCUUGAAAUUGUUGGCUUUGGCAAGCAUCUCAAGUACAUCUGCUGGACCAUCUCUAACUGAUACAGUGGAGACAGCGGGCAAAAACGACAAACAUUCACCGAAUUCCUGAAUCUCAUACGAGAGGUAAUUUUCACCUAUAUUGUUUCUUUCGACAAGCAAGUAAAUUUGUGGACAGGAGCCUGCUUUUUGCCGCAUGGUAGUAAUAAGUAAUAGUCAAUGAGAGACUCAUUUCUUACGAUUUUAAGAUUUUAUUAACGAAAAUCAUUUGUCUUUAAACAGUAUGUAAACGAAGUGUUUUGUUCGAUGGAGCACAAUCGACAGGCAAUAUGUAAUCCAGUGAUAGCAAUGAGACAAAGCAAAAAAACGUAUAUUGCAAUACUUAAGCACCGCUUUCUCUAGCCAGCAAUGCGGGCGGGGAGGCCAGUUUACCGUGGACCAACAAAGCUAACAAAGGUACGAAAAGGAAUCUGCUUGCUCCUAAAAGGAACAAAACGACAGUAGAACCUACGCUCUAUCACACUAGACGAUGAUAGCUAUAUUUUAACGGAUGCACUUGAACAGCAUCGACUACUCCUAUAAUCUAACUAUACUAUACCGACACUGUUUAGCCACACAUACACAACCUAGCAUUAGGGGAGCGACGUUACUCUAGUAAUGUCGUUAAUUAAACUAUUUCAAAAUAAUAAUACCACCACCACCACUACUACUACUACACGACUACUUCUAGCAAACCUUAUCUAGCCACUAGCAAAACAGACAAGCAAUCAAUUGUAAUACUACCGUAUAAGUAAAGCAAGAGCAGUUUACGUACAUAGACCCACUUUAGGCAAGGGAGAAAAAGAAAGGAAAACCCUUUACCCCAGUAUAUUCCCCCGUACUACAUGCGUUUUACGGAAAACAAACCCCAAAAAACGUGUCCCAGUGGUAGUGCGCAACGCCCAAAAGGAUUUUCAAAAGGACCAUUAAGCAUAGCAUUAGUAAUAAUAAGCUAUUAUAGGACGUACAAGCUACAACUCGAAUUGUAGUUAAAAGUCCACAGUGCAGUAAUGCUGAAGGCAUAGGCAGGCUGCAGUAGCAGCACGCAGUAACAGAAAAGAAAAACUAUUUCAACGCGGUGAUUUUAUUGUAUCAAAUGUAAAGACACCGCCCAGUUAGGAAAAGAGUAAAAAUCAAACAAGUUUUUCGCCUGAUUGAUUUAAGAUGGGCGGGGUAGAUCAUUCAGGCCAGCUUUACAGCGAACUCAUUUUAUUUUUUAUUAAAUUAAUCCUCAACAUUAGUUUUAAUGGAAGAUGUGUUGUUAAUAGUAUUCUCUCGUUUGCAUCCACUAUGAUCUCAACCUAUUCGCUAAGAAGAGCAAACAAAAUACGCUACAUCAAUUUCAUUGCAACUUCGUAACAGUAUUUGUACUUUAUAUUGCACCGUCCAACGGACAUCCAAACAAGAGGCUUUGAAGUUUUAUGAACACGGUUUUACAUUUACUUCACUCCAUUACAUUUUACAUUACAGCUCAUUCAAAUAAUAGCCCUCGCGUCAGUCAUGUUCCUAGUGUCGACACAUACAAAAUGUCCAUUUAAAAUGCACCAAUAAUAAUGUACCAGGGGGCUGGAGGCGAAUUGAUAAUAAUGUUAGAACGAUACACGUACAUCCGUGCACACACACACACACCCGUACACAGGAAAGCAAUGAAUUUUUAACAUGUUGAUAACUUGUAUUCUGUCUAACUUGUAACACUGUCAAACUUAAAUGUCGCAAGCGUGCGGGUAAAAAUUAGCGUAAUAAUUGAAGAAAAUACGAAGCAACAAAACGAGUUACUACUACUACUAUGCGUCGCGGACCAAGGUUGGAGGCUGCAGUAAGCGGCAUUAGCAGCGAGAAUUCAAAACCGCCCGUUUCCGUUUUUCCCGCACACUUUGGGUGGUAAAAGUAACGAUUUUGUUAUAUGCAAAGUGUAACGCGUAAUAGCUUUAAACAACCAAAAAAAAACAUCGAACCAGGAAAGCAAUAGCACGCACAUGCUUGCGAUGCUUGAAAUGGGGGAGAGACGUUAUGGAAGGGAAAAGGGAUACAAAAAAGAGGAAGAUAAAGAACACGCCGCAAAAUUUAAUCCUCCCGUUUCUUAAUAAUCACUCUGCCCCUUUCGAAGUUAACCAUUUAAUCAGACCAGUUUUUCAAUACAAGAUACAAAAAAAAGUUCAAGAAAUACCUAUAUAUAUUCACAUACAAAAGAAUUUCACUAACAAAACUAUGGCAUUUUAAAUGACACAAUUCGCGAGCGAUUUAACUAAUGCAUCACACCAAACGUUACGGGCACACCACCACACAUUGUUCUAUUCCAGUACGAUUUAUUAAUACUACAAAACAAAUGGUAAAGAUUGAGUCACACACAUACAAACACAUAACAUUGAAUAACUACUAUAACUACUACCUACUAACGAAGCGAUUUGUAACGAUGCAAUAAUUAAGAUGAAUGGUGAUGGGUUACUAACGCAUGUAUACAGACCAGGUACACGUACAUUGCAUAACGGUAUGUGUAUGUAUGUAUACCCGAAUGUUUUUAAAAUCAAAAUUUUAUAAUCGAACAGUAACAAGGAUGGAUAUAAUAGUAUUGACAUAGGGUGGAGUGCGCUUUCGAGGUGGGUAAACUUUCGAGCCUCUUAACCACGUGUUGAGUCAUCGAAAAACGAAACCAUGAUAACCAUACAACUAAUAAUAAUUAUAAUAAUACUAUUAAUAAUGAGAAUAAUAAUAGUUAUAAUUAUAGAAUAUUAGUAAUAAUGCAACAAAAAGCAAACACUAUAUAAAUGCAAAAUUAUUGUAAUCGAAAACACCACUACUGCGCUAGGAUGCAAGCAUUGUUAGUUGUUAUAUUAUAAUAAUUGCAAUACGUCUCUGCUCUGC